AUCCUUUUACUUCUUUAAAGUUCUGAUAAUAAAUGUUUUAGUGUAAUAUGCUAUUCUACAUAGCAUUGUCUUUGUUAAAUGGAAUACUUAGUUACCCAGUCAACACGAACGUUAGACAUAGUUACUACCCCUUAGUACUUCCUAACUGUUGGGUAUACUGAAGUUUAAGAACAUGUAUUUAGCAAAUUAUCUCCCCUUAGUUGUUGUUUGAUAAAUGUGUCGCACGUGACACGUGUUUUCCGGUCAAAAUUGUCACUCACACACUUUCUCCCCCAUGAGAAUUUUAAAAAGUUAGCAAGUAUGCCAUCUUGCUUGUCACAUUGAACAUUGGCCUGUCUGUAAUCCAUGAUGUUGGUGGAUGGAGAGAUCAGGAGUACAGGUGACAUAACAUUUGUACCACCAACAGUAAAAUGUCAGUCAAGUAGGGGUACAUGUGACAUCUCUUUUGUACCACCAACAGUAAAAUGUCAGUCAAGUAGGGGUACAGGUGACAUUACAUUUGUACUACCAACAGUAAAAUGUCAGUCAAGUAGGGGUACAUGUGACAUCUCUUUUGUACCACCAACAGUAAAAUGUCAGUCAAGUAGGGGUACAUGUGACAUCUCUUUUGUACCACCAACAGUAAAAUGUCAGUCAAGUAGGGGUACAGGUGACAUAACAUUUGUACUACCAACAGUAAAAUGUCAGUCAAGUAGGGGUACAGGUGACAUUACAUUUGUACUACCAACAGUAAAAUGUCAGUCAAGUAGGGGGACAGGUGACAUCUCUUUUGUACCACCAACAGUAAAAUGUUGGUCAAGUAGGGGUACAGGUGACAUAACAUUUGUACUACCAACAGUAAAAUGUCAGUCAAGUAGGGGUACAGGUGACAUUACAUUUGUACUACCAACAGUAAAAUGUCAGUCAAGUAGGGGUACAGGUGACAUUACUUUUGUACUACCAACAGUAAAAUGUCAGUCAAGUAAGGGUACAGGUGACAUUACUUUUGUACCACCAACAGUAAAAUGUCAGUCAAGUAGGGGGACAGGUGACAUUACAUUUGUACUACCAACAGUAAAAUGUCAGUCAAGUAGGGGUACAGGUGACAUAACAUUUGUACUACCAACAGUAAAAUGUCAGUCAAGUAGGGGGACAGGUGACAUCUCUUUUGUACCACCAACAGUAAAAUGUCGGUCAAGUAGGGGUACAGGUGACAUUACAUUUGUACCACCAACAGUAAAAUGUCAGUCAAGUAAGGGUACAGGUGACAUUACUUUUGUACCACCAACAGUAAAAUGUCAGUCAAGUAGGGGUACAGGUGACAUAACAUUUGUACUACCAACAGUAAAAUGUCAGUCAAGUAGGGGUACAGGUGACAUAACAUUUGUACUACCAACAGUAAAAUGUCAGUCAAGUAGGGGUACAGGUGACAUAACAUUUGUACUACCAACAGUAAAAUGUCAGUCAAGUAGGGGUACAGGUGACAUAACAUUUGUACUACCAACAGUAAAAUGUCAGUCAAGUAGGGGUACAGGUGACAUAACAUUUGUACUACCAACAGUAAAAUGUCAGUCAAGUAGGGGUACAGGUGACAUAACAUUUGUACUACCAACAGUAAAAUGUCAGUCAAGUAGGGGGACAGGUGACAUCUCUUUUGUACCACCAACAGUAAAAUGUCGGUCAAGUAGGGGGACAGGUGACAUUAAUUUUGUACCACCAACAGUAAAAUGUCAGUCAAGUAGGGGUACAGGUGACAUCUCUUUUGUACCACCAACAGUAAAAUGUUGGUCAAGUAGGGGUACAGGUGACAUUACUUUUGUACUACCAACAGUAAAAUGUCAGUCAAGUAGGGGUACAGGUGACAUAACAUUUGUACUACCAACAGUAAAAUGUCAGUCAAGUAGGGGUACAGGUGACAUUACAUUUGUACUACCAACAGUAAAAUGUCAGUCAAGUAGGGGGACAGGUGACAUUAAUUUUGUACCACCAACAGUAAAAUGUCAGUCAAGUAGGGGUACAGGUGACAUCUCUUUUGUACCACCAACAGUAAAAUGUUGGUCAAGUAGGGGUACAGGUGACAUUACUUUUGUACUACCAACAGUAAAAUGUCAGUCAAGUAGGGGUACAGGUGACAUAACAUUUGUACUACCAACAGUAAAAUGUCAGUCAAGUAGGGGUACAUGUGACAUCUCUUUUGUACCACCAACAGUAAAAUGUCAGUCAAGUAGGGGUACAGGUGACAUUACAUUUGUACUACCAACAGUAAAAUGUCAGUCAAGUAAGGGUACAGGUGACAUUACUUUUGUACCACCAACAGUAAAAUGUCAGUCAAGUAGGGGGACAGGUGACAUUACAUUUGUACUACCAACAGUAAAAUGUCAGUCAAGUAGGGGGACAGGUGACAUCUGUUUUGUACUACCAACAGUAAAAUGUCAGUCAAGUAGGGGUACAGGUGACAUUACAUUUGUACUACCAACAGUAAAAUGUCAGUCAAGUAGGGGGACAGGUGACAUUACAUUGGUACUACUAACAGUAAAAUGUCAGUCAAGUAGGGGGACAGGUGACAUCUCUUUUGUACUACUAACAGUAAAAUGUCCGUCAAGUAGGGGUACAGGUGACAUUACUUUUGUACUACUAAAAUGUCAGUCAAGUAGGGGGACAGGUGACAUUACAUUGGUACCACCAACAGUAAAAUGUCAGUCAAGUAGGUACAGGUGACAUUACAUUGGUACUACCAACAGUAAAAUGUCAGUCAAGUAGGGGUACAGUUGACAUUAAUUUUGUACUACCAACAGUAAAAUGUCAGUCAAGUAGGGGUACAGGUGACAUUACUUUUGUACUACCAACAGUAAAAUAUCAGUCAAGUAGGGGUACAGGUGACAUCUCUUUUGUACCACCAACAGUAGAGUGUCAGCCAAGUAGGGGUACAGUCAUCUUUCGUGGAGUGUAAUGUUAUCGGAUGCCUUGGCUAGCGAAGAUGGGUUACAGGUGACAUCUCUUUUGUACAACAGUAAAAUGUCGGUCAAGAUCAUAUGGUCCAACCUCUUGCUUGUUUGAGUGAGUUAUGGUUCCUUGUAUAUGUUUUUGAUAUUCACCACUGUUCACCAAAUCCAACACAUCUCAACAUCGUUGUAUAAACCUUCUUGUAUUAUGAUGAAAAAGUUUUAUAGAGAUUCUUUAUUUUGGGACUUAACAAAUUUAAAUCUUCUGUAAAUAUGCGACUAUAUAUUUUGUUGCUAAUUACUAUCAAUACUUCAAUAUGAUCAUGUCUUAUAGCAUUCAUGUGUUUCAUAUUAAAACUUAUGCUAACGAUCUG